AGUUGAACAUUAUAAGCAAACCCCAUAUUUCAAACAUCCAAAACUCGUCUCCAAAAUAUUUUGCUUUUUUCACCAAAAAAACCAUGCUUGUUUCAUAGCUGAAGAUUUUCAAAAGGCUGGUGUUCCUUACUGAUUGCUUUCUACCUCAUGAGGUGCGGGAGUCUCAUCCUCACAAGGGCAAGGCUAUUUUUGUAACUUUCCGUUUGGUUCAUCCUUUGGCAAGCAGCGACUUAUCAUCCGGUGGGAUUGGAACAGAGUUUCCCUGCCUCUCUGAUACGAUGACCUCAACUGCUGCCACAGCCACUCUGUUGAACUCCCUUUUCCCGGCCAAGAUGGUCAGUUCAGAAGAACACCCAUUUGGUCGCUCUUAUCCCUCAAAGAAUGCCGGAUUUUAUCCAAAUUGCUUCCCUCGUAACAAGAAGAUGGCACCUCUAACUCUAAGAGAACCCAAGCUCCCAGUUGCCACCUCCGAUGCAAGCACUGUAGCUAGAUAUUCUUCACAGAUGGCAUCCCAAUCACAAGGCGCAGACAGUCUAAAUAAUAUUCUAGAAAGUUUAUGCAAGGAAGGAAGAAUUGAAGCAGCCUUUCAAAUGGCAGACCAAAUGGCCACACAGGGAGCUUCAGCACAACCUGCGAACCUCGUUCUUUUACUCCAAGCUUGUAUCGAGUCCCGCUCGUUGGCUUCAGUGAGGAGAGCCCACCAGAUUAUAAUGAGGAGGUCCCCAUCUAUAUGCAGUUCACCAAUCCUUCACAAUUUGGCCUCUGUGUAUUGUAAGCUCGGAAGCACCAAAGAAGCUCACCAACUGUUAAACAAAAUGCUCGAACACGGACACCGGGGCUCUUCGAAGGCUCCUUCCGGUCUGAAAUUUAUGGAGAGAGGGGUCAGCAACGGUGGUUGGAACGCGAAAAGGAGAGAGGCAUUUGAGAAGGUGAGGGAGCUGCAUAAGGAGAUGAGGGCGGCAGGCUACGUGCCGGACACAAGGUACGUGCUCCAUGACAUUGAUGAGGAGGCGAAGGAGAAGGCGCUGAUGUAUCACAGCGAGAGGCUGGCCAUUGGUUACGGGCUUAUAAGCACGCCGCCAGGGACCACCCUGAGGAUCAUGAAGAACCUCAGGAUCUGUGGUGACUGCCACAAUGCCAUCAAGAUCAUGUCCAAGGUUGUGGAGCGGGAGAUCAUUGUUAGGGACAACAAGCGGUUCCACCACUUCAAGGAUGGGGUAUGUUCUUGUAGAGAUUAUUGGUGAGAGAUUUGUACGAAAACUGUUCUGUAUUGGUUAAAAGUUCUUUAGGUAGGUUCUCAGGAGUGUAGUUAUAACAACGCUAUUGUUAUGCUGCAUCGGUCAUGAGUACAUCAGCUGUUGAACUCUUGAGGUUAUGUGUUCAUUGUGAUCAGUCAGUGAUUCAACAACUAAAAAUUUUGAAAAAUUCUUUUUGUAAUAA